CGUCAGACCUGGGCGAGCAUCGUCCUGAGCUGCGUGACUCACUGGGACUUUAACACUCACAACCUGGCAACCCGGAGCUCAGCCGACCCCCAGAGAACACACACAGAGGAAGAGUUCCUGCAACAGGUAGAAUAUGAUACGGUGGACUGUGCUGCUGUCUGCGUGUCUGAGUGUCAUCUCGGCAACGCUGGACUAUGUUUACGAGGAACACUCCUUCAUGGACCCGGAGGAUGUGCUGAGUCUGAGCAUUCCUCUGGAGGGGCCGCAGCGCCCUCUACUGGGGGAAACGUUGGUGCUGCCGUGUUACUUUGAGGACCACACCGUCCCAGACCCUGGAGCUCCCACCAUCGCUCCCCUCGCUCAUCGCAUCAAGUGGAGCCUCGUCACAAAAGAAAAAGUCACGACCAUCCUCGUGGCCUUGGAAGGUGAGGUGCGUGUCACCGAGAGUUACCUGGACAGAGUUCACCUGGUGGGAUACCCCAGAACCCCAACGGACGCCAGCAUCAAGAUUUCCGAGCUGCGGUCCAGUGACACGGGCGUGUAUCGCUGUGAGGUCCAGCACGGCAUCGAGGACAACCACGACAUCGUCCACGUGCAGGUUCAAGGUAUUGUGUUCCACUACCGAGCCAUCAUGGGUCGCUACAGUCUGACUUUUGAGAAAGCGAUGGCGGCGUGCACCCAGAACAGCGCAGUCAUGGCUUCACCUGAACAGCUCCAAGCCGCCUACGACGAUGGUUUCCACCAGUGUGACGCCGGCUGGCUCUCCGAUCACACAGUCAGGUACCCGAUCCGUGAUCCUCGUGUGAACUGCUACGGUGACAAAGAGGAUCUGCCAGGGGUCAGGACAUACGGAGUGAGAGAACUCAAUGAGACUUACGAUGUCUACUGCUUCGCAGAGAAUAUGACAGGCAGAGUUUUCUACACUGCUUCUGCAGAGAAGUUCAGCUUCUCUGAGGCCGCGGCGGCGUGCUCCAAUCAGGGAGCUCAGCUGGCCACCACAGGUCAGCUCUACCUGGCGUGGCAGGGCGGGAUGGACGUCUGUAACGCCGGCUGGCUGGGGGACAGGAGCGUCCGCUAUCCCAUCAACAUCCGUCGGCCGCAGUGCGGAGGGGGUCUGCUGGGAGUGCGAACCGUUUACCUCCACACAAACCAGACAGGAUACCCAUUUCCUGACUCCCGCUAUGACUGCUUCUGCUACACAGAAUCCCCUGAUGAGGAGGGUUCGGGUAUCAUAGAAGAGGGAAGUGGCGUGCUGAGUGUUACCACGGUGACACAGAGCCCAGAGGUGUUCUUCAUGAGGACGACCACAGAGAGCGAGGCGGUCGGAGAGGUGGAGACUCAGCAACCCACCGUUGUGGACUUCACUUACACCGAGAGCCCCACCCAGCUGCCGUUGCCUCAGCCGCCCAACGUCACUGAGCUCAUCACUGACCUGAUAGAGUCAGUGACCGCCCGGCCCGACGUAGGAAGGGAACCCUGCAAAGUCUUUGUGAUGCCCCCGACUGGCGUGGUCUUCCAUUACCGCUCAGGCUCUGGUCGCUAUGCGUUCACCUUCGUUGAGGCUCAGCUGGCCUGUCAGAGUGUCGGCGCCUCCAUCGCCACACCAGAGCAGCUGCAGGCGGCGUACCAGGCUGGAUACCACCAGUGUGAUGCAGGAUGGUUACUGGACCAGACUGUAAGGUAUCCCAUUGUUUUCCCUCGAGAUAAGUGCGCUGGAGAUCUGGGAGUUAAACCCGGAGUUCGGUCUUAUGGUUUGAGGCCAGCUCAUGAGAGAUAUGAUGUGUAUUGCUACAUUGAUGGGCUCAAGGGUGAGGUUUUCCAUGUGGGAUCUGCUGAGGGUUUCACCUUUGACGAGGCUUCUUCUAGCUGUCGAGAUCAAAACGCUGUACUGGCCUCCACCGGAGAGCUUUAUGCAGCCUGGAGAAUGGGUUACGACAAGUGCCGUGCUGGCUGGCUAGUAGAUCGUAGUGUCCGUUAUCCCAUCAACAACCCCCGUGCGGAGUGUGGAGCAGGGAAAACGGGAGUGCACACGUUGUACGCUCAUCCCAACCAGACACGCUUCCCUGAACAAAACGCCACAUUCGAUGCAUACUGUUUCAGAGCUGACUUUCAACUCAUUGCAAAUGAAACUGGACUGAACAUCACAGACAUCCAGGAGGCCCUCCUAAACCUGACAUCCAUUACUGAUUUGUUGAGGCCUGCUGUUCCCUCUAUCGUCACGCCCAUCCCUGUGGAGAUAUCAGGCUCUGGUUCAGGCUCAGCAGACUUCGGUUCAGGGUCUGCAAUUGAUACUGCUUCUGGGGGUCACUCUGGAGAGAUGCCUGGCUCUGGCGACCUCUCUGGUUCUGGAGACCAGGUUACGUCUGGAGACUUGUCUGGCUCGGGAGACCUCUCUGGUUCUGGAGACCAGGUUACGUCUGGAGAUCUGUCAGGUUCUGGAGACCUUUCUGGUUCUGGAGACCAGGUUAUCUCUGGAGAUCUAUCAGGUUCUGGAGACCUCUCUGGUUCUGGAGACCAGGUUACGUCUGGAGACUUGUCUGGCUCUGGAGACCUCUCUGGUUCUGGAGACCAGGUAACGUCUGGAGACUUGUCUGGCUCUGGGGACCUCUCUGGUUCUGGAGACCAGGUAACGUCUGGAGACUUAUCUGGCUCUGGAGUCAUCUCUGGUUCUGGAGACCAGGUUAUCUCUGGAGAUCUGUCAGGUUCUGGAGACCUCUCUGGUUCCGGAGACCAGGUUAUCUCUGGAGAUCUCUCUGGCUCCGGAGACCUUUCUGGUUCUGGAGACCAGGUUGUCUCUGGAAAUCAGUCUGGUUCUGGAGAACUGGCUGGUAUUGCUAGUGCUGACUGGCCUAGUGGAGAAUCUGGUCUUAGUAGCACUGAUGCGUCUGGAUCUGGUCUUGGUGGAGAAGAAUCCGGAAUUGCUGUUGUUUUUUCAGGCUUCGACAGCAUUGCCUCUGGAGAGGGCUCAGUUUCAGGACUACAAGAAGCUGGAGAGGGGAGCACAGGAAUUCUGAUCUUCCCUCCAUCUGAAGCAGGCUCUGGAGCGUUCAGUGGUAGUGGGGACCUGUCUGGAUCUGGCCCUGGAUCUGGGUUUAGCUCUGCGGACAGUGGCUUGUCCACAGAAACCUCUGGAGAAAGUGGACAAUUCUCUGGCAUGCCGUCUGGUUUCAUCACCAGCCAGGACUUUUCUGGGUUCAGCGGUUUCCCAUCAGGAUCGUCCUCUGGAAGUGCAAGUGGACAUUCAGGAGAGUUUUCGGGAAGUGGAGAAGCUCAAAUCUUACUGAUAGAUGGUGAACUGAUUGAUGCAACCUCUCCAAUUACCCACAAGGAGUAUGAGCUUGGUGGGGAACUACUGCUAUUCAGUGGCUCUGGAGACAUUUCAGGAUCUGGGAUGCUCAGUGGCGAUCACAGUGGCUCGGCUUCAGGAAGUGACUCAGGGUUCUUUUCAGGUGUGACAUUUGUGGGGUCAGGGUUUACUGAGCUUACAGGGUCAUCCUCCGGAGAGCAGGAGGCCUCUGGGUUUUUACUUUACAGCUCUGGACAGGGAAGUGGUGGACAUUUGUCUGGAUUUGGAAGCUCAAGUUUCAUCUCUGGAUCCGGAUCAGGAAUGUCUGGAUCAGGAAUGUCAGGAUCUGAGUCCUCUACAAGCGGAGAAGGUAGCGUUACAUUCUUGACUGGGGAUUUCUUGACAGAGGUGUCCGGAGACGCUACACUGUCCAUGGAGCUCGGACAAGGGUCGGUGGUGUACAGCGGAGAAGGAAGCAGUAGCAGCAGUGGCUUCUACUCUGGCAGCGGUGACGACACAUCCACAACCAGCGGCAUCUCCUCAGGACUUUCUUCUGGAGGUGUCCCGCAGGUUGUGCUGCCCUCUCCAACCAGUGAAUUGACAUUCACAGAGAGUACAGCAGGACCAGAGGAGGCCCUUGUGGGGGCUCUCGUAUCACAGACCCCUGAGGAUGUCUACGUGACCUAUGGCCCUGCACUUGCCCCCGCAGGACUGGCUGCUCCUCCCACUGUAGCUACUCUAGCCUCGAUGCAGACACCAGGCGUUGUGGGAACAACUGACAAAGUAGAAGGUGGCUCAGACCCGUGUGAUCCAAACCCCUGUGGUGCCGCUUCAUGUACAGUAGAGGACGGAGCUGCUCUCUGCCACGACGAGCAGCGGUGCGACGGCGGCUGGACCAAGUUUCAGGGGAACUGCUACCUGCACUUCUCCGACCGGGAGAUGUGGCUCGACGCCGAGAGCCGCUGCCGGGACCUGAGCGCUCACCUGGUCAGCGUCGUCACCCCCGAGGAGCAGGAGUUUGUCAACUCCAACGCUCAGGACUACCAGUGGAUCGGGCUGAACGACAAGACGGUAGAAAAUGACUUCCGCUGGACAGACGGCACUCCGCUGCAAUUCGAGAACUGGAGGCCGAACCAGCCGGACAACUACUUCAACUCCGGAGAGGACUGCGUGGUGAUGAUCUGGCACGAGAACGGCCAGUGGAACGACGUGCCCUGCAACUACCACCUGCCCUUCACCUGCAAGAAAGGACCAGUGUCGUGUGGCGCUCCGCCGGAGGUGGACAACGCUCGCAUGUUUGGCACCAGGAGGGAGGAGUAUCCUGUCAACGCCAUUGUCCGCUAUCAAUGCGACCCGGGGUUCAAACAGCGCCGCCCGCCGGUGGUUCGCUGCCAAGCGGACGGGCAGUGGGAGGAGCCCCAGGUGCAGUGCACCGACGCGAAAGCCAGAAGAAGGAUACAGCGGAGUCCAGCAGCCGCCGGCAAACUCCACUGAGACAGGAAUCAAACACCAGAAGAAGAAUUGAUUCUUUUUUAAAAGAACAUUUACAGCACAAGAGAAUCCUUUAUCCAUAUUAGUGAAGAUGACCCGGAAGGGUUUCGUUGCUGGAAGGCCCAGAUGAAGAUGUUCUGUCCCCCCGCCCCCGAUAAUAUAUUUGAAUUAGAUCAUUUUAUUGCUUUGAGUUUAUUCUCCAUUGAGUGUAUUGUAAUAUAUUUGUGUUUGCUGGGAUACGUUGCGCUGUACGAGCUGCACUAUCUGUGUGUUAGGAACCAAAGAAGUUGUGCGUUUGUCUCGCGUCGCACCCGUUCUCCUCUGGGUCCCGUCCGUCCCGCUGGUUCCUACCACAACAACCUUCUGUAGAGCGAAGCAACGCAACGCAGGCAACGACACCGAGUGAAAACUCUCCGUCGCGCGUCAGGGAGCUGAGGAGGAUCGUGAGCACGAGAAGAUUAAUAACCUUCAUAGAAAGAUUGAUUUGAACAAACCCUCCGCGGACGAAAUGCCCAAAAUGCUCUUUACACAAGGAGUCCCUUCGACGUCGGGGUCACAGGAGUCGUCGAGGGUGUUGAGAGGUGUCACGAGGUUUCAUGAAACGUUCAGAAACUUAUUAAAAUUGUCUGUGGCAGACGAGAGUUGUAGAAACUGUCCGAUCGUCCAACAACAAUCUCAGAAGUGAUAUCAAGUCAAAUUUACUUCCCAUGUUUAUUCACUUUGGGGCAUAUCUCAUACCUGGAGCCAAUGUUUCAUUUCCAAUCGGUGUUUGGUACCAAAGUUUGGAUUUUUAUUAAAUAAAACACGUGAGGCACGAAACCAGCUCCAGCUGGAGACGGUUGAUGAGUCUGGUGCCAACCUCACGUCUGCUCCUCCUACAGCCAGCAGGGGGCGACUAGCGUUAGCUUAGCAUCAAGACAUUAAAAGGGAGGGGGGGGGGGGGGGAAUUCACCCGCAGUAUCCCGGCUCUUCCCAAAGGUUAAAAAUAUCUGGCAGCCAGUGUUUUAUGAAGCUCACGACUGAACAAGCUGUUCACCGGUAAAUCGACAGUUUCCUGUUUUUAAGGUCGCGUCGAUCCGCGUGUGUCGCCUGAAGUCUCGGAGGAGGAACCGUUCAAGAAACAGUUUAACAACUUGUUUCUGGUGUUGUUUUUUAAAUGAUCAAAUCUGCAAAUAAUGUACUUCAGUAGCUGCAGAAGUGGCGGUUGGCAGAUGUUUGGCCUCCGGACAGAGCCCUGCGCUGCUCCACCUGCUCCCUGCCUUUAAUGAUGAGGAUCACGAACAUUAUUCAGACGUUCUCAUGACACGACUCGCUGAGCGGAGCUUCACACUUCAACACGUCCAACUCUCGGCGAGGAAGCGGACGAAGAUCCAAACCCAUUUCCCCAAAUGUCCCAAAAGAAAUCCUGUACUUCCACGUCCUGCAUGUUCGACUUGCAUUCAGAAUAUAAAUAUCCUGAAACUAUACUUAAUCAUAUUGUGUAUUUAUACGAGUUGAGGUGUUUUAUUAAGUGUGGCUUUAUUGCACAUCAUGAGUUGAAACACAUUACGGACGGGAAGCGAACAAACUGUAGACUCCAGCUUCUCUCUAUUUAUUGAUCCCACACAGCUGCAGGGUCUCUGUACUGUACCGUAGCUCCAUAAUUCAUAUCUCAUCCGUGCAGUUUGUUUUGUUGUUGUAUUGGUUUUUUUCCCCGUGCGUUGGCCCACGACGUUGUGCAGCGCGCAGCGUCCACGUGGAGCCACGGACCAGAUAAUGCACCUGUCGUCUUCCCGCUUCACGAACAGCACGACCGUACAUGAACCGCCUUUUGUUUUGCUCUGACUUGUGCACUUGCUUUGUGUCAUAACUUGCUGUACAUGUAUAUGUAUGUGUGGAGGCUGUGCCUCCGUCCAACAUACGCUCAGCUGCCGGAGGAGACCAAGCUGUGCAUGAAUGUGCUGUCACUGAUCUAAAGGUCUAAAAGUCUGGUGAUAUUCUCCCAUUUUUUUCUUGCUAAUCUCACGAAAAGACCAAAAUCCAACUGUGUGUGUGUUUCCAACGUUCGCUGUAUCUCAUGUCUCCAUCGUUUGUCCAGAGACAAGUGAAGCACACGGAUGAGAGUUGCACUGGAUGACACUUUCUUUCAUCAGCAUCGACACACAUCUCGUUUAUUAUGACUCAAUCAGACACACACACACACACAGACACACACACACACACACACACACACACACACACACACACACACAGAAA